AUGCAGUGCGCCAACUGCUAUGCCCAUAAUCUGGCUCCGCAUUAUGCAUCGCUAAUUCGCUGUUCUAGGUGUUAUGCGAUCUCUGCCACCGACUGCCAAGCGCUACACAGCGAAACGGAAUGUGGUAAACCAAAAAAGAGCCAGCAAACCGCUAGAGAAUCUGCCACCGACUGCCAAGCGCUACACAGCGAAACGGAACGUGAUAGAGCAGAAAAGAGCCAGCAAACCGCUAGAGAAUCUGCCACCGACUGCCAAGCGCUACACAGCGAAACGGAACGUGAUAAACCAGAAAAGAGCCAUCAAACCGCUACGGAAACAAAGAACGCCGAGGAUAAGCCUACGAUGGCUCCUGAAACGCCCUCGCUACCCCCGCAGGAGGCGCAAUCGCAGGGGCAGUCAGAAUUGCAACAAGGCGGCAGCACAGAUGCUGCUGGAGAGGUAACGUUGGCAACGAAGGGAGCGAUUGGAAACACAGUCAUGGCAAAAGCCAAGCUAUCUAAGUCACCCCCGCCGUCGCGGAAAUCAACAUCAUCGGUCGUCGCAGCUCAGGCACCAGCACCACCAGUCGUCGCAGCUCUGGCACCUCCUCCAAGUUCAAAAUGUUCUCCUCCCCCACAAGUGCAGCCGCAAGAAGAGUCCAUCCUAUUGCCUGAAGCAGCUACUCCUGACUUUGCUGCAUCUGCUGCGUCUACGCCACGUAACACAAUGAGGCGUAGGCAGUUGCAGGCGCAUAUGCUGUUGCCGCCAAAAGCAUGGUCCCCCCUAAAACUGCUUGCAGUCGCCAAGCGCCAGUCGGAACUAGAGGCGCCAGAGCUGUCGGCUCACAGAGAGUUAGACGGGCUUGAAGGUCAGGAAGAGGUGAUGCACCAUUGCAAUCAAGAAAAAUAUGGUGCAGGAACAAGGAAACGCAGGCCAGUGAAAGAAGUAGCGGUCCCCCUGGUUGCACGACCAAGCCCUAGAAGGAGAGGACGCACGGGGAGUGAAAUGCCUCUUGAGCCGCCUGAUGGCAUCCCACGUGUCGCUGCUGCUGAUAUUCCAGGUGUAGAUACAGUAGCUCCAGGAGCAUCUGCAGCAGAAAAUGCGGGGGAGCCAUACACAUUUCGUAUGGCAACGGAGCGGCCUCCUGCCGGGCCUGCUGCUAUUGCUGCGGGGGCCAGCAAGCCUCUUAUGGAGUUCUCCUCCGAUGAGGACUAG